AUGUUUAUGAAUUUCAUUAAAGAAGCCAUUUGUGAUAAUAACGAUGAAGUGUAUAAAUACCUACUCGGCUGGAUUGCAUCAAUGAUUCAACAUCCUGGAAUCAAGAAUGAAACAGCAAUUAUUUUGAAAGGACUUCAGGGAACAGGUAAAAACAGAUUUACAGACAUUAUUUCUGAACUUCUCGCUGGUUAUUCAUGUAAAAACAUUACUGAAAUAAGUGAGCUAACGGGUAAUUUCAAUUCAGUAGUUGAGAAUAAAAUGUUUCUUGUACUUAAUGAACUCAAGAAUGUUGGUGAAGAUAGACUCGCAAACUUCAACGCUUUGAAAUCAAUUAUUACGGAUAAUGAGAUUAGAAUUAAUGAAAAGAAUCAACCCAGAAGAACUGCUCAGAACGUUGCAAACUUCAUUUUCGUAACUAAUAACGUUUACCCUGUCAAAAUUGAAGUUGGAGACAGAAGAUACGUAGUUUUAAGAUUUAAUGGUAAAUUCAAGGGUCAAUUUGAUUAUUUCAAGAAUUUGAUGAAUUCAUGCACAAAGGAAUUUUAUGAUAACCUUUUAACAUAUUUUAUGCAAUAUGACCUUUCAUCAUUUAAUGUACGAAUCAUACCGAUGACUGAAGCCAAACAAGAUUUAAUAGAAUUAUCAACAAAUCCUUUAGAUGUAUGGAUAAAUACACAUUAUGAUGAAUUGUGUGCAGGUAUGACGUGUGAAAAUGCUCUAUUCUGCAAACCAUCAGACAUGAAAGACAAAAACUUUCAAAUGAGCAUUAAGGAUAAAUGUGAAAGGAAACAGAGAAGAAUAGACGGUAAACAAACAUGGUGUUAUGUUUUGAAAGAAGAAAUGAAAGGAUUAUAUAAACAGGUUGAACCAAACGAUAAUGAUGAUUCAUUUACUGACGAUGAAAUACCUGUAAAUGAGCCGCUAAGCGGCGAGACCUGA